CUUCCCCCAUCUCUGCUUCUCCUUCUUCUCCUGCACAGUCCACACUGUUCCUCUGCUCCUCCUCUCGAUCCCCAAAUCCCAAGCUGACCAACCGAGCCCGCGCCCCGCAUGGAGUGGACGGCCCCGAAGCCCGCCACGUCCCCCCCGACCCACCUCCUCUGGGACUGGGGCGACUCCGCCGCGCCGGGCUCCUCCGGCGACGCGGCGGGGAGGCGCGGGAAGGAGAAGCGGGCGAAGGGGGAGGAGGGCGGCGGCGGCGGCGGAGGAGGAGGAGGAGCGGUGGUGAGGUGCCAGGUGGAGGGCUGCGGGGUGGAGCUCCGCGCCGCCAAGGAUUACCACCGGAAGCACCGCGUCUGCGAGGCCCACACCAAGUGCCCCCGCGUCGUCGUCGCCGGCCAGGAGCGCCGCUUCUGCCAGCAGUGCAGCCGGUUCCAUGCCCUGUCGGAGUUUGAUGAGAAGAAGAGGAGCUGCCGGAGGCGACUGUCUGAUCACAACGCUCGACGACGAAAGCAGCAGCCAGAUGCAUUCUCCUUCGCACCUGCAAGGCUGCCAUCAACGUUGAUAUUUGAUGAUAGACGACAAAUAAGUUUUGUCUGGAAUAAAGGUCCACCUAGCCAUGUAAGGCCUUUCGCAUGUUCUCCAUGGGAAAGCCCAUCUGAAUUCAAGCUCUCACAAGUGAAGAACACGAGAGGAGUGUCAACCAAUGGACAAGUUCAUCUGGACAAAUCUCAUCUAUCGAAUGCUGUUCCAACACUGAGUCAUGACAUGGAUGAGCUGUUCCCAGUAAAAGGUCCCGAUGCAUCUUUAGCUGCUUCAAAAUUAGAUGGAGCACCGGAUCUUCAGCAUGCUCUCUCUCUUCUGUCAGCUAGUUCUCGUGGAUUACCUGAUCCUGCACAGCAAGCAUCUUGUCUUGUCCAAUUCUCCGGUGCCAGCCAAAACAGCCGGGGCCUUCAUUCAUCACAUGGAGUGAGCUCUGCGUCGGCACCCUGUGCUGAAGGACAGCCUAUGGCGCCGUCGCCUCACCUCGUCCGUUUUACCGUGGAUGGCACCAGCAGUGGCUAUGACACCACAUUCUUCGGUCUAAACAAGAUAAAUUAAGGCGUGAAAUGUACCGGCCUUUUUGGCUAUUUUGGAUCAAUAGCCAAGAGCUUUUGCAAGAACUGCUUCUCUCGACGGUGUAAAAUCUCACUGUUAAUGUUACCUAGCUACAUCAGCAUUAAUCUGUUUUUGUACAACCCUGCUGUCAACUGUUGGCUCUUCGAAACCAUCGGAUGAAUUUGGACAUGAUUUUGUUUCACAAAUUGUGCCUUAUAUAUUUUUCUUUUCUUCUCCCUGUCAA